AUGGGGGAAGAGCAUAAGCCUUUAUUAGAUGCUUCUGGAGCUGAUGCACAGGCUGAAGAUAGCACUGCAACUGCUAUUCUAAGAAGAAAGAAGAAGGAUAAUAUGCUUCUAGUUGAUGACGCUAUCAAUGACGAUAAUUCGGUGAUUGCCAUUAACUCUAACACUAUGGAUAAAUUAGAGCUAUUCCGCGGUGACACUGUUUUGGUUAAGGGUAAGAAAAGAAAGGAUACAGUGUUGAUCGUUUUAAUCGAUGAUGAACUGGAAAAUGGUGCCUGUAGAGUCAAUCGUGUAGUGCGUAACAAUUUACGUAUCAGAUUAGGUGACUUGGUUACUAUUCACCCAUGUCCUGAUAUCAAAUACGCCAGCAGAAUCUCUGUCUUACCCAUUGCUGACACGAUUGAGGGCUUAACAGGUAACUUGUUUGACGUUUUCCUAAAACCGUAUUUUGUGGAGGCAUAUAGACCAGUUAGGAAAGGUGAUCAUUUUGUUGUAAGAGGUGGUAUGAGACAAGUUGAAUUCAAAGUUGUUGACGUCGAACCUGAUGAGUACGCAGUAGUUGCACAAGAUACUGUUAUACAUUGGGAAGGUGAGCCAAUCAACAGAGAGGAUGAGGAGAAUAAUAUGAACGAAGUUGGUUAUGACGAUAUUGGAGGUUGUCGCAAACAAAUGGCUCAAAUUAGAGAAUUGGUUGAAUUACCUUUAAGACAUCCACAACUAUUCAAGGCAAUCGGUAUCAAGCCGCCAAGGGGAGUUUUAAUGUAUGGGCCACCUGGUACUGGUAAAACUUUAAUGGCGAGAGCAGUCGCAAACGAAACUGGUGCAUUUUUCUUCUUGAUUAAUGGGCCAGAAGUUAUGUCUAAAAUGGCUGGUGAAUCUGAAUCCAAUUUGAGAAAGGCUUUUGAAGAAGCUGAAAAGAAUGCUCCAGCAAUCAUUUUCAUUGAUGAAAUUGAUUCUAUUGCACCAAAGAGAGACAAGACAAAUGGUGAAGUUGAGAGAAGAGUCGUUUCCCAAUUGCUAACUUUAAUGGAUGGUAUGAAGGCAAGGUCAAAUGUUGUCGUUAUUGCAGCCACAAAUAGACCUAACUCCAUUGAUCCAGCUUUAAGAAGAUUUGGUAGAUUCGAUCGUGAAGUCGACAUUGGUAUUCCAGAUGCUACCGGUAGACUAGAAGUUCUAAGAAUUCAUACAAAAAAUAUGAAGUUGGCAGACGAUGUUGACCUAGAAUCUCUUGCAGCAGAAACUCAUGGUUAUGUUGGUGCCGAUAUAGCAUCUCUAUGUUCUGAAGCUGCUAUGCAACAAAUCCGUGAAAAGAUGGAUCUCAUUGAUCUAGAUGAGGAAGAAAUUGACGCUGAAAUCUUAGAUUCUCUCGGUGUUACUAUGGACAAUUUCAGGUUUGCUCUUGGUAACUCUAAUCCUUCAGCAUUACGUGAAACUGUUGUUGAAAGUGUUAAUGUCACCUGGGAUGACAUUGGUGGUUUGGAUGAAAUUAAGGAAGAACUGAAGGAAACUGUGGAGUACCCUGUUUUACAUCCAGACCAAUAUACCAAAUUUGGUUUGGCACCAUCGAAAGGUGUUUUGUUUUAUGGUCCACCUGGUACCGGUAAGACAUUGUUGGCAAAGGCAGUUGCCACUGAAGUUUCUGCCAAUUUCAUAUCCGUUAAAGGUCCAGAAUUAUUAAGUAUGUGGUACGGUGAAUCUGAAUCCAACAUUCGUGAUAUCUUUGAUAAGGCUAGGGCAGCAGCUCCAACCGUUGUCUUUUUAGAUGAAUUAGAUUCCAUUGCUAAAGCAAGAGGAGGCUCCGUUGGUGAUGCUGGUGGUGCUUCAGAUAGAGUCGUUAAUCAAUUAUUAACAGAAAUGGACGGUAUGAAUGCCAAAAAGAAUGUCUUCGUCAUUGGUGCUACUAACAGACCUGAUCAGAUUGAUCCUGCAAUCUUGAGACCAGGUAGAUUGGAUCAACUUAUUUACGUUCCAUUACCUGACGAAACUGCCAGAUUAUCUAUCUUGCAAGCGCAACUAAGAAAAUCUCCAUUAGAACCUGGUUUGGAAUUAGAGGCAAUUGCGAAAGCAACUCAAGGGUUUUCAGGUGCAGAUUUGUCUUAUAUAGCUCAAAGGGCGGCUAAAUUUGCAAUCAAAGAUUCCAUUGAAGCACACAGGCUGUCUGAAUCUAAGAAAGCUGUCAAGACUGAAGAGGAUGUAGAAAUGGAUGGUGAGAAAAAAGCUGAAGAGCAAAUUGAAGAACCUGACCUUGUUCCAUAUAUCACUAAAGAACAUUUCUCUGAGGCCAUGAAAACUGCUAAGAGGUCGGUUUCAGAUGCUGAGCUGCGUCGUUAUGAAGCAUACUCCCAACAGAUGAAAGCUUCAAGAGGUCAAUUUUCAAACUUCAGUUUCAAUGAUGCCGCAUUAGGUACCAAUGGGGCUGGUAUUGGAUCUGGUGCUGGUAACGAUGGAUCUUCCAGUGGUGCAGGAGCUGCCUUUGGUGCUGGUGAUGCUGAAGAUGAUGAUUUGUACAGUUAG